CUAAAGAAUAUCAAGCCAAUAAAAGCUGUACAAUAGGGGAAUUAAAUCUCAGUUUAGAUCAGUCAGUGUUCUGUGCUCUUGUGAGACUACUACAAUGUUGCUUUUACUCUUAAUCGGUUUCUUUACGACCGCUAGUGCACUUUACGAAAAUAAAUUUGUUGCUACCAAUGGUUGUCGGCAGUAUAAUUCAAACCACGGAUACAAUGUCGCGCAUCCAUUUUUCUCAACACUAAAAUUUAAAAACAUUAUACAACGACCAGGUAAAGAAAGGGAUGACAACCGCACCAUAAUUCGAUUGGGAGUUUUGGCCAAACACGAUGGACUCAUUCGGCUUGCAUCGACUCCGCAUCCUUUUAGCUCAAGGAAUAAACUGUAUGAAAUCGUUCUUUCGGGUUGGGGGAAUACCAACCACGAAGUGCGUUCGUACUAUACCAUCAAUGAAGCACAACGGGAUAGUGUUCAGGCGUACACGCAUCAAUCCAGUCACGGAGCGCUGUCAGAGUUUGUGCCGUAUAUGUUCACGAUGGAAUUUCUCGGAGCGAAGGGCAUACGAUUUACGAAGGACGGUGACCGGAACCCAUUUCUAGAAGUCAAUGACUUGAAUGCGCUUCCCCACGAGUACAUAGGUUUCUGUAACUGGGAUGUUCCGGCUAUCUAUUUCUUUGAUUGUCCCUUGUUGGAUAAUGAGAAAUAAGAUAAUGAUCUACAACUAGCCAUUCAAGGUCAUGCCUAAAGUUUCUAAUUCUACCAAUUGAAGCAAAAACCAUCGAUUUUUUUAAGCUGACUGAUGAGAAGACCCCCUUAACUGGUUUAAUUCAAAACAAUCGUCACCGCGAAUAAACAAAAACAAAACUAA